AAAUAUGGAAAACAAGUAGUAUUUGACAGUAUAAAAGAUUUGAUUUUCCAAAAAAAAAAGAUUUGAUUUCCGUAAAAAUGUUGGAAAAGAAUAAAAAAAUGUUGGAAAAGAAUAAAAAAACAAAGGAGUAAUUAGGUUGGGAUAGUUUGGUAUAAAUACAUGAAAACAACCCACCGUUUUGCUUCCCCUGUUCUGUCUCUCAAACAUCAUCAGAUAUUCAUACAAACACGUCUCCAUAGAAUACAGAGAAGUGUGUUGUGGGGGGGGUUUAGGUGUGGAAAGAAUGGAAGGAAGGAAGAAGAGCGGUUCGUCUUCUUCUCCAUCGUUAACCUCUGAGCUUUUUGGUUCCAGAGAUAAUCCUUCUUCUUCUUCUUCUUCUGGGUUUUUCGGAUCUAUUUUUGCUCCUCCUUCUCAUAAGGUUAUGGGACAAGAGACUGUGACUGGUGGUGGCUGGAACGAUAAAUCCUCCAAGACUGGUGAUGCUGACAGAAACAGAGAAGAGCAAGACAACUAUGGUUCAGUUUAUCAUCAGGAACAAGAGAGAGUUCAACCUUGCCAUCUCAGCUCUUCCAUCUAUUACGGUGGCCCUGAUGUCUAUAUCCAGCCUCAAAAUUCCGGCCUCAAUUCUACUACGAAGAAGAAAGAGGGAGGCGAAGAUGAUUCCGGAAGUGCUUCCAGAGGAAAUUGGUGGCAAGGGUCUCUGUAUUACUAAGUAGAGUUGUUGCUACUUAAGCCAGUGUUAUACUACAAAAGCAGCCAGGGUAUAUAGGAAGGAAGGGAAAAAAGUAGAGUAGCAGUGGAUCCGUUGGUAUUAGUAAAACUUCUCUAUCUUAUUAUUACAAAAAAAGUAUGGAAGAAGUUUGUAAGGGUUGGUUAGAUGCAAAGACGCCAGGAAAGCUUGUCUGAGGGGUUUUUUUUGGUCGUGGUUUAGUUAUUAACCCGACCGCUUCAGAUUUAGCUUUCGUAGUAUGUAUAAUGGAUAAAAACAAUGAUAUGGUUUUGUAAGAAAACUACUCUAGUAAGUUUCUACAUUUACAAGCAUUGAAAUAAAUCACAACCUGUUGUUGUUUCUAAAGU